UAAGGAGAUGAGACACCUACCCCCUUGUCCUUUGUUGCGAGACGUGGGCAUCCGAAAACCAAGGCUGUGUGCCUCUAGAGUCUAGUCCACUGGUUUAGAUCGUUUCAUUACCAGUUAGCAGAAUACAACACAAAAGCAUGAAGACGAAGACUGUAACUUCAAUAAUCCUCAUAUUCUGCGUGGCUGCUUCCUUCUCCACUGAUGAUCAGACUCGCACUCAGCUUCCUCAAGCUAACGAAUCUUUCAAGCCCAACCAAACCCUCCAGCAGCAACUUGGUAGUAGCUGUACUUAUACAGUAACCAUUAAAACAAGCUGCAGCUCUCCCUCCUAUACGAGAGAUCAAAUCAGUCUCGCAUUUGGCGACACCUAUGGUUAUCAGGUUUAUGUUCCAAGACUUGGGGAUCCUUAUGAUUCUAGAACAUUCGAGCGCUGCUCUACGGAUACGUUUCAGAUUUACGGACCCUGUACCUACCAAAUCUGCUAUCUGUAUCUGUACAGAACCGGAUACGAUGGGUGGAUGCCCGAGUACGUCACCGUAUCUGGCUACUACUCCAGCCCCGUUACCUUCUACUACAACGCUUUCAUUCCUUACGGCGUUUGGUAUGGCUUUGACUACUGUUAUCGUUAUUCCGCCUCCACUGCUUCCGCCUAGUGGGCCUUCCUUCUAGCCCAACAACAUCUAAUAAACUAGGAAUCUAGUGGGCCUACUGUUAACCCUUUUCUAUGAGUUUCUUCUGUAAUGGGCCUAAUGUUGGAUUUUCUGUAUAAGACUAGCUUAUUUUUGUUUUUAU